ACUACUUAUCAAUCUCCAAAAGAAGUAAACUGAGUGUGUGCUGUAAUAAUAUUGAUAGUGACUUGUGUUUUUUGUGAUUUUUAGAAAGGAAUCAAGUAAGAGAUAAGUUCAGCAUGGAUUUUGCCGGUAAAGUAGUCAUUGUCACUGGCGCAAGUUCGGGCAUUGGUGCCGCCACUGCAGAACUCUUUGCAAAACUGAAUGCUAAAGUAGUGCUCGUCGGACGUAAUGAAUCCAAUCUGAAAGCAACUGAAUCAGCAUGCAAAGCAGCAAACGAGAAGGCUGAAUUAUUAACAAUCAAAGCGGAUAUAACAAUUGAUGCUGAGCGUAUUAUCAAUGAAACUAUAGCGAAAUUUGGCAAAUUAGAUAUAUUAGUGAAUAAUGCUGGCAUUUUAGCCGGCGGCAACAUACUAGACAUCGAUGUAGAGCAAUUCGAUCAAAUACUAAAUACAAAUCUACGUGCUGUAUUUAUAUUAACCAAAUUGGCAGCACCCCAUUUAGUGCAAAGCCAAGGUAACAUUGUAAAUGUUUCCAGCUUGGCCGGCACACGUGCAUUUCCGAACGGCUCCAGCUAUUGUGUUUCCAAAGCCGGUCUAGAUCAGUUUACGAAGUGUAUAGCACUGGACUUGGCAUCGAAAAAUGUGCGUGUAAAUUCCGUAAAUCCUGGUUUGAUUGUUACGGACAUACAUCGUCGCGGUGGCAUGUCGGAGGAAGCCUAUGCCAAGCAUUUGGAACAUGCCAAGGAAACACAUGCAUUAGGGCGUGUAGGUAAACCAAUCGAAGUAGCCGAAUCUAUUGCUUUCUUAGCCAGUGAUGCUGCUAGCUUUAUUACUGGCGCUAUAUUGCCCAUAGAUGGUGGUAGACAUGCUAUGUGCCCGCGUUAAAAUUAGUACAACAAAUUCACUAUAUUUCCGAGAAUGUGCAUUAAACGAUUGUUUAUUUUUAAAUUAAUAUAUAAUCAACUUAAACACA